CCCAAAAGCCCAUCAAAUGGCAACUUUCAGAAAUUGGGCAUCUAGUGACGCCUUGGCGACAUAUGAUCCCACCAAAUAGCUAUUUCUAGCUUGGGCGACAUUAUUAGUCUGUAAGACUUUAAUUAGGUGAUGUAUGGCUAUCCCUAGACACCUCUCGGUGAUUUGUCAACCAGCAGUCUUCUAACGCGCCAAGAGGUAGAUCCUAUAUAGAAUAGCUCCUUCCGGGCAUUUACCAUCGUGGUAGAUGUCCACCAAAUGGCCAUUUCCAGAAAUGGGGCAUGUAGCGACGACUAAACGACGUUAUUAGCUUGCAGGCCUCUGACAAACUGGCUAAACAUUUGUCCGCGGCUUGUCAAUCAGCAAGCUUUUGACUAGUUGAGAGGCAGGCCCAAUUUGCCCCAGGAGGAUGCAGAAUUGGCGUAGUGAGACCUAAGUGCUGUGGGGCAACCCACCCUCCACCUCCUUACAGAUACAGAGAGAUACAUACCUCUUUUCUUGGCCAACCUUUCUCUGGCUCCUGGCCAUAUUGGUAUUCAUUGUGUUAUUUUUUUAAAAAUGUGUGCCGGUUUAUUCUCAUGUCCUUUUCACUUUAGGCAGAAUAUAGAUAGAAUCUAGAAAGUGAUUACUUUGACAUAGCAACCCUAAAAAAAUCAAUAUCGUCCUGUAAUCGAAACUUCAUCUUUUCAUCUUCGAACAUUUUGCAAUUCAUGUACAAUUUUGUACUCAUACUGUUCAUACUCUACAUUGCGACGAUAAUCUUGAGCGAAGAAGAUUCAUAGGAAACAACGACGAUCCAUUUAAAAAAACUUCCCUAGAAACAGAUUUUCAAAGGGGAAAUGAAGAGCCGACAGAAAUUAUCAGUUUCCGAAAAGAACCUUCCGAAAAGGGAGAGUUUUAGCGUGGACAGUUCAUGGGAGAGUCGCGCUAAGAAAAGGAUCGCCACCAACCCUUUGGUACAGAAAAAUAUAAAUUUUUUGCAGAAAUACAACAAUUUGUUCGGGAGACCUUCUUAUAGUCAAGUCGGUGAAGCUGAUACUUUCUUUAGAUCGACUUUGAGGAACCAGCCGUUUGAUUUGAUUAGGGAUUUGAAUAUCGGUACUUUGUUGAGGACAUCAAGGUCUUUAGAGAGUUUAAGUCAGAGUUUCUAUAGAAGACCCAGGUCACGAAGAACCCUAUUUUCACCAAAACGUAUUCUAGACGUUCCCCCUAAAUCUGAAAUUAAAAGACAGAGAUUCGAGGAGGAGGAACCACGUCUGAAAGAAAUCUUUGCACCUCAGAUCAGGGAUACCGAAUCAGAAAGCGGGGAAGAAACUGAAUAUCUACUAGGUCGGAAUUAUCUGACGGUCAGAAGUCAACCCUCACAAGUUCUAGAGAAACUUGAAGAGAGCCUAGAAGAAGCGAGCAUUACCGGCACUACUACAGAGGACGAAAAAGAGACUAGAGCCGAAGCUGAAGAAUUAGAAGAAGAGGAAGAAGAGGCCGAAGAAGAAGAGGAGGAAGAGGAAGCGACUUUCAUCCAAGAGGAUCUCGAUAUCGAUCAGUUAAGCGAGGAGCUGACUGUUAGAUUGGAUAAUAUACUAAAUCAAGGACAUAUUGAAUCAGUUGAAAUUAAAGAAGCAAUCAUGUCCGACGGGUGUCCCUGUGAUGAUGAAAUGCAAGAGGUGGAAAACAUGAUAGAACAGGCCUCCAAAGAACUGAAAGGAGUGGCAGCGGAAAACAAAAAAAUUAUGCAAUGUUUGGACGAAGAUCCAAACAUUUUCAAGUACAACGCCGAAGCGGACGCAGCCAUCCUCAGGGAAUUGGACGAAACGGAGUGCGAGGCCAGACAUACGGGCACCAUUAUCAGCAAACUGAAAGACAGAGUGACUGAGUUGACCAAAAAGGAAAAGAUGACUGAAUGUGAGGCGAAAGAGCUGGAGGAAUUGAAUCUAGAAUUGAAGAACCAGAUGAUCAUAUUCGAACAGAAGACUAGGAAGAUACAGGAGCUGUUGCAGAAUGAAAAUUUGUUUUCGGAACCCGACGGAUUUCAGCCCUCACAAUACCAAGAAGACAUACUUCCAAAAGUAGUGGUGUGUGGUCUCACAGAAAGCUGCAUGCCAAAACUGCUGAUAUGCGACGACACAAAAUCCAAAUGCGCCAAACAGUUCUCUCCAGGAGGCGGCAAAUCCAAAAAGGGUGGAAGAUCCAGAUCAGGCUCCAGGGGAUCCAGUAAAGGAUCUGGACCAUGCGCGUGCUUUCCUUGCCCACCACCAUGUCCUUCUCCUUGUUGUUAUCCUUGUUCAUCUUGCUCGCCUUGUCCCCCGUGUCCAUCGCCAUGCUCGCCUUGUCCACCUCGUUGUCCUCCACAGUGUCCUCCACAGUGUCCUCCACAGUGUCCUCCACAAUGUCCACCGAUGUGUCCUCCUCCUUGUCCACCACCUCCAUGCCCAGGAUCGAUGGGUGAUUCUAAGAGAAGUCGUUCAUCAUCUCCAAAAAUGCCGUGUGGACCAGGCAGAGGACCAUGUCCUGCAGACAUUGAAUCCCGUUUGCAGGAAUACUCAGAAAAUACCCAAAUGUUGGAACAACAAUUGUAUUGCAUGGAAAACGAGGUGAAAUGCAUGCACAAUGAACUAAUGGCUGUACAAAGAGAGAGGGAGCAUUUAGAACACCAUAGAAGGAUGCUGUGCCCUGCAUCUCCCUGUAUAAGAGGUCCACCUUGUCCUGGUAGUCCUUGUUCCCCGAGUCCUUGUAUUCCUGUAUGUAUGCCACCCCCGCCUUGCAUGGCUCCACCUCCGUGUGUGGAGCGGCCUGGUUGCGAGACUCAACUCAAGGAACUUAGAGAACAGUACAAGAGACUACAGGACGAUUUCAAAAGCAAACUGACUGAAGUUGCUGGUCUAAGAGCCGAAAAUGAAAAACUGAAGGACAAAACUAGGAAGGCGGAAGACGGCAGAAAAGAAGCUGAAAAAAGACAGAGAGAACUGGAGAAUGAGAUUAAACGGUUGAAAAGUGCUUUGAAACCGAAGGACGCCGUUACAAGGGAACAACUGGUGGAGCUUCAAGGACAACUAGAUGUAGCAAAACAACGAUUCAGAGAGGCCCAGGACGAAUUAGAUGAACUGAGAUGUUUAGUUGAUGACCAACAAAAGCAAUUGGACGAUUACAGAAAUAAGUAUUUGGAAGCCCAACAAACAGUCGAAGAACAGAAGCGACAAAUCGACUUAAUGGAAAUGGAGAAUCAACGCAUCGCCGAACAGGUGAAUUUGGAGAUUCAACGCGUGAAGAAUCAGUUCCAGGAAAAAUUGCAGGAGUUGAUGCCGCUUCCUGAUAUCUUGAAAGCGACGCAGAUUAAACUGCAGGAGGCGCAACAGAUGCAUCUGUUGGCUGAAAGGAAUAAUGAGGCGAUCGCUAGAGAACUGCAGAUGUAUAAGGAUAAAGUAGCAGCCAUGGUAGGUCAAAUCGAUGAUGUGAAGAGCGAAAGUGCAGUGGGAGCCGAAGCCGUCUGCAGAAUGAAAUGCAAAGUACUGGAAAUGGAGGAACAAUUGAAGGAACUUAACGAAUUGAACAAUUGUCUGAUAAACGACUUAGAAAAGGCACAAGAAAAAUGCGACGAAUACGAGAAAUUGGCCGAGGAGCGACUACACGAAAUUACCCAACUCGAGGCUCAGCUCGAAGGUCUCCGAGAGGAAACGGCUAGACAGGUAUCGAGGAUCAAGGACAGAUGCGAAAUCGUUCGAAGGUCCAUGCAGAAGCAGAUCGGCGACUUGGAACGGCAAUUAGCUCAAAGCAGAGCCAUGGCUAAAUCGGCUCAGAAGGACAGAGACGAAAUCAGGCAGAAGAUGCAGGCGCAAAUUAACAAUUUGAACGAGAACUUUGAGGACGCCACCAUGAGAAUAAAGAAUCUGCAAGGGCAUGUGAACUUCCUCAAGAACACGUACGGCGACGGUAUGCUGGACAACUGCCAGAAGGAGAAGGCGCCCGAGCCUUGUGAAUGUGCCGGCAUCUAUUAGAUACAUGACAGUUUGGUUCUUGUCCCGUCUCCCGCAUGCGCAGAGCCAGUGAAGAAAGUUUGCAUUACGCGAAUAACUUUAUACUGUCUUUGUAAAACAAAAAGUUUUCGUAUGGUGUGGAUUUUUCUGUGCACGCUGGUGUUGUCUAAAUAAAAGUUUUUCCAGUGAGA